AGGUUCCCAUGUUGGUUGAAAUCGUGAAAGCAUUUGGAAGGGAAGUUAUGCAGAAGUUUGUUGAUGGUGAAACGAUGAACUUCACCUCCAAGCAUGGAAUGGUUAUGAAGAAUUUCAUGACACGCCUGACCGGGGAGCAGCCCUGGACGGUGGACCUGGGGGAGGAGGCCAACAUCACCCUUCCACGGGGGUUCUGUCCUACGGGAACCUGCGGGGAGGAAGUGGGCGUGACUGCCUACAGGUGGCCUCAUCUGACCUAUUGCCACCCCAAAAGCGAGGAGAAGAUGGCACCCGACACCCGCGUCAUAGCCAUGGACCUGAUGACCAAAUCCCUCGCAGAGAUCGUGGUGAAGAAGUUGGAAAAUCCCAUCGUUAUCUACAUUCCCAGAACGCCCAGUAGGAAUGGGAAUGUGCCCUUGCCAGAGAACGGCUCCUCCCUCAACCUGGAGAUCACCCCGGCUGGCCCCUCCGAGCGCCUCUUCCUCGUCCUCGCCAAGGCCAGAAUCCCCACCUUGGAGCGCCACGACUGGAGCGCCCUGGUCAAGGACCUCCCCAAGCGCAAUGGUGGGCUCGCGGCAGACACCUACGAGUGGUUCUUCUCCAACGCGGACCUGAAGGGCGAGGGGUCGUACUUCCUCGGCGUCGGGGAGUUCAAGGCCGGCUUCGACCCCGCGGCCUUCCUCAGGGACCCCGAGUCGAGCGGCGCCACCAAGGCCCACCUGAAGAACAUUUCGGUCGCCUACGAAAUCCGGAUUUAUACGUCGGGCUGCUAUUUCUACAACGAGGAUUUGGGGGAGUGGAUGGCCGACGGGAUUCUGGCCAGCUUCUCCGACCUCCGCGUGUCCCGCUGCGAGUCCCGCCACCUGACCCAGUUCGGCGCCGGGUUCUUCGUCCUGCCGAAUUCCAUCGACUUCAGCUACACCUUCGCCAAAAUCGGUUUCCAUGACAACGUGACCAUCUACGCCACGCUCAUCGUCCUCUGGGUCAUUUUCGUGGUGUUGAUGCUGGGAGCGACGCCCCUCCCAGACAACAGAGUAGAAGACAAAUACCUUUACGAGAUCCUCGUCUUCACCGGGAACAAGAAGGAGGCACAGACGGACUCCACGGUCCAGUUCAUCGUGUCAGGGGAUCGAGACGAGUCCGAAGUGAGGACCUUUGGGGACGAGAAGCGAAGGAUCUUCAGGAAGGGGGGGAUCGAUGUCUUCGUUAUGGCCGAGUCCAGGCCCUUAGGAAAACUAUCCAUGCUGAGGAUCUGGCACGACAACAGCGGCCGGGGACCCAACGCCUCCUGGUACCUGAGUUACAUCGUGUUCAGGGACGUCCAGACGGGAGAGAAAUACGCCUUUAUUGCCAAUCAGUGGUUUGCGGUGGAGUGUGAGGACGGACAGAUCGACCGGACCUUAACCGUGGCAGGGAAGGGCGAGCGGAGGCUCUUCCUGCACCUGUACCACAACACGUCCAGCCGAGGCAUCGUCGACGGCCACCUGUGGUUCUCGGUGUUCCUCAGGCCGCCCAGGUCGCGCUUCACGAGAUGCCAGCGCCUUGGUUCCUGCUUCUCCCUGCUGUUCCUGUCCAUGCUGGUCAACGCGAUGUGGUACCAGCGCGUCCCCGAGAAACCAGGCUUAGGCAGCUUCGAGUAUGGGCCUUUUAGCAUGAGCACGGAGCAGAUCGGCGUGGGCGUGGUGAGCAACCUCAUCGUGUUCCCGCCCACACUCCUCAUCGUGUUCUUGUUCCGGAAGUCGCGCCCGAAAGUCCUAAGGAAGUCCAGGAUUUUGAAGGCUGUUGAGGAGAUGCGGUCAAAGGCCAAAGCCGAGGGAGCUCUGGCGUCGGACUGCGAGAGCAACGAUUCUCUUCUCCACCACAAGUUUAUUCAGAAAAAAGAACUUUUCUCAACCACCCUCAACACCUCUCAUUCUCAGUACCUUCUCACCCCUCCACACCAACCCUCCGACACAACCUUUCCACACCACCUCUCCACCACCCUUUCCCACCACCCUCCACAUCUUCUCAGUUUUAAGUCUUCCACACGACGAGAGAAAGUGAUUACGGGCAUCUGGUCUCGCGGGUCAAGAACUCCAAUCUUCACGAACACCAAGUCAUUCACACAGCUGUUGUCACCACGGUGA